UGGGAUUUGGAGCUUGAGGUGUUUGUAGAGGCCGUUUUUAGUCCUUGGGUUAAUGACAGGAGGAGAAGAAACAUAUGGCUCCGACGAAGAAAGGCAAGGCUAAGUGUAACCCGGCCGAGACGACUCAGUCUCAUCAGCAUGCCGCCUCUGUAAACCCCAAAAUCCCGUCAUGCCUUCGUUUUCUUCCUCCUUCUUCCGUCGCCAUCACCAUCCACGCCAAGCCCGGCUCCAAACUCGCCACCAUCACUGAUUUCAGCGACGAGGCAUUAGGAGUGCAAAUUGACGCCCCUCCAAAGGAUGGUGAAGCUAACGCCGCUCUUAUUGACUACAUUAGCUCUCAAUGUUUCCUUCAUAAACAGGUUAUUGGGGUGAAAAGGAGGCAGGUUUCUAUAGGUCAUGGUUCUAAAUCAAGGGACAAAGUUGUAAUUGUGGAGGAGAUAACUUUACAGAGUGUUUUUGAUGCUUUGGAUAGAGUUUGCAAGAGUCACUAAUGGAAACAAACACGAGCUGUGACUUCCUUCUAUGAAUGUUAUUUGGUCUCGAAGUUUAUCUAGUUACCCCCAACAAUGAGGUUGUGUCUUUAAAGGUAUUAAAUUAUUUGCUUGUUUGUCAUAAAAUUUUCCUCAGACAUACAUACGUAAUAUCAUGGUGAUCCCUCAUACUAACAUGUAUAUAUAUAUAUAUAUAUAUUUGACUUCUUUCUCGCAAGGGGAGUUUCUCUCAUUUCUCCCUUCAUCUUUCGACAUGUAUGUUUAAUGUUUGAGAUUUGGUUUUGAAGUUUGGUCUUCUUCCAUAAUAGAUAUGGCCAUUUUCUAUUUGCCUAUUUAUUAUAA